GAGUGGAGCAGUAACCCAUGGAUUCGAGAAGCAAACGGGGGCAUGCUGACAGCCAAGAAAUAUAACCGGACCCGCGUUUGCACGCUACAGGAGUUGCACAUUCAGCGAAUAGGACUGGCGGCGUAUACGCUCCGGAUUUCAUUGACGUCGGACGCAACAACGCAUCAUACGGCUCCGAAAUUGUGUCGGUGGGCAUUGGCUAUUAUAGCAGGGUCCCCA